AUGGACUUGUGCGCCGCAUUGAACCUCAAAAGCCUUCCAACGAGGGUGAAGCAAUUGUGCCUUGUGAUCUCAAUCCCAUCUUUGUUGUGGGGGCAAUUGAUUCAGCAACUACCAAGUGGAUCAAGCUUCACAAUCGUUUCGGAUUCCUGCCACAGUGGUGGUCUGAUUGAUAAAAGUAAAGAACAAAUUGGACCCCAUAGUACUCUAAGGGGUAUAGCACCACCUGUUGAUUACAAGACUAAGGGCAUUUCCUUUGGAACCUUAUUCGACUGCCUAGUAACAGCAGCCAACGUCAUAAUCGCGGCACAAGGCUUAUUGGCCCCAAGAGCAGUUGACAAUGCCAUCAACACUGGAACAGAUACUAUGACGGGUAUUGGCUCUCUUUUGACCACAAUCUUUGGGAACAAUGUGAGUCUCAAAUUUCUACCCCAUUAUGAACGUGAUAUUUUGAAUUUAAGGUCACUGACGGAGGAUGAGGGAAUUCUGUUAAGUGGGUGCCAAGCCAAUGAGCUUUCAAUUGAUAUGCUAGCGAGUGACAAAACCGGAAGAAAGGCGUUUGGGGCCUUUACCUAUACAGUUCUGAAGGUCAUUGUCGAAAUCAUUUUUUAUUUGCAAAAAACGAGGAUAGACUUUAAAACGAGUGUGUAG